AUUAGUUGACAAGUUGAAUCAGGCGUUACCUGCUCUGGAAUGGAUUAAAUCCACGCGGAGGUUUAAAGGUUUUUGAGGUGAGGUUAGAGAACCGCUGUGUUAGGACCCUGACGGACCUGUAGCAGGGUGCUCCACCGCUGUCCCUCCCUGCAGCCCCAGCCUCGGCCCCAGAUGCCAACGUCUACACCAAGUUCAUGAUGAACCACUGCUGCUACGACGCCAUUCCAACCAGCUCCAAACUGGUCAUCUUCGACACCACCCUGCAGGUACCCCCCAAUACAUUCAAGCUCCCCCCCCAAAAAAGCUCAACUUCAACACUGCAAUGUUUAUCAUGGGGUUUGAUUCUCACAGGGACCACCCAUAUGAAAACGUAUGCACGUAUGACUGUAAGUUGCUUUGGAUAAAAAUUGUCUGCUAAAUGGGAUAUUAUUAUUAUAAAUGGUUCAUUUAAUAGGUCGUAAAACCUUUUUUGUCUUGAAUGGGAAGCCCUGAAAUGUCUUGCAACAAAGAGCACACUAGACCCCCCCCCAAUGUGAACAGUGAUUCAGAUCAGUUUCUGUGUUUUGUGUUUCAGGUAAAGAAGGCUUUCUUUGCUCUGGUAGCGAACGGUGUGCGAGCGGCGCCUCUUUGGGAUAACAAGCUGCAGUGUUUUGUAGGUGAGGCAACCUGGAACCUGAGCGUUUCCCAAUCUGGCGUCUAACCUUUAAAGUCCAGUGGGUCAGCUAUGAGCUAGACUCAGAUUACAGACCCAGUAAUAUCAAUUUAGCGUUCCUCUCAAACCCAACAACCCAACUCAGCUUUCCCUGCUUGGGAUCAGCUAGGGCGACAGUUAGGGUCAGUGUAAUUAGGUAGGUGACGGAUGAUUUGAAACGUGUGAGUUUACUGCUGCGUAUGUGUGCGACAUAUUCUGGGCUUCUGGUUACACGUUUCUCUGUAUUCACGUCUAACUGUGUUUCCUGUGGAUAGGUAUUUUGUGUAUAUAAAUCCCUAGGAGGCUACUACACGUCCCUCUGUGUCUCCGAGAAGGUUAUAACAUGGGUGUUGAUAUGAUUAAAUGCAGAUCACCGAUUAGCCAGUCCCCUGGUGGGUCGCUGCUGGGUGGCCUUAAAGGCAAGUGGGCCAGUUCCGCUACACCCCACCCCGCCCGCCCGCCCGGCCGGUCUGGUUUUCUGGGUUAGGGUGACACCGUAUUCCCUAUAUAGUUAGCUACUUUUAACCAGGCACUAUAUAGGGGAAAGGGUGUCAUUUGGGACGCAAAUCCCUGGGUUUGUGGGUUAGAGCCAGAUCCAUCCCCUCUGCAGGAUUGGUGCCAAAGUUCUAGCUGUAAGUGGGGCACAGUUGGACUUGUCCUCUAUACCGCGUCCCAAACGGCACCUUAUUCCCUAUAUAGUGCACUACUUUUUGACCAGUGGUGGGCCCUUGUCAAAGAAGUGUACUAUAUCGGGAACAGGGUGGCAGUUUGGGACGCGGCCCUGUAAUCCCCUGCACCCUCUCUGUAGUUAUUAAUACUCAUCUACUCCACUGAGAGGGAGAAUGCCACCAGUCCCUCGUACAGGGGGAGGGGGGGGCUCAAAACAAAUCAAAUCGGAUUUGCCACACGCGCCGAAUACAACAGGUGCAGACGUUACAGUGAAAUGCUUACUUACAAGCCCUUAACCAACAAUGCAGUUUUUUAAGAAAUGUUUUAUUAAAGAGCAGCAGUAAAAUAAAAUAACAGUAGGGAGGCUAUAAAUGGGGGGUACCGGUACAGAGUCAAUGUGCGGGGGCACCGGUUAGUCGAGGUAACUGAGGUAAUAUGUACAUGUGGGUAGAGUUAAAGUGACUAUGCAUAAAUAAUAAACAGAGUUGCAGCAGCAUAAAAAGAUGGGGUGGGGGUGGGGGGGGGCAGUGCAAAUAGUCCGGGUAGCCAUUGGAUUAGAUGUUCAGGAGUCUUAUGGCUUGGGGGUAGAAGCUGCUACGUAAUCUGGACCUCACCAGAUUACGUAGCUACUGAACUGAAAAUACAUUCUGUCUGUGUGUGCACCAUAGUUUAGUCCCAUUUAAAGCUUUAUUUCUUCCCUGUAUCUUUCCAGGUAUGCUGACCAUCACAGACUUUAUCAACAUUCUCCACCGGUACUGGCAGUCUCCUCUGGUGAGUGAUCCGUUGUUGUUGGACCUGGCUGUGAUGUCAUCCAGAUUACUGGAGCCGGAACACAACGCAUGCAGCUCUCACACAGCACACCCCUGUGUUGAAUGGUAUACACGUGUCUCAUGCGAUAUACCAGGGCUGUCUAACCCUGUUCCCGGAGAUCUGCCGUCCUGUAGGUUUUACCUCCAACCCUGUUCCUGGAGAGCUACCCUCCUGUAGGUUUUAACUCCAACCCUGUUCCUGGAGAGAUACCCUCCUGUAGGUUCUCUCUCCAACCCUGUUCCUGGAGAGCUACCCUCCUGUAGGUUUUAACUCCAACCCUGUUCCUGGAGAGAUACCCUCCUGUAGGUUCUCUCUCCAACCCUGUUCCUGGAGAGCUACCCUCCUGUAGGUUUUAACUCCAACCCUGUUCCUGGAGAGCUACCAUCCUGUAGGUUUUCGCUCCAACCCUAAUCUAGUCACCUGAUUCUAAUAAUUAGCUGGUUGAUAAACUGAACCAGGUUAGUUACAAAUGGGGUUGAGUGAAAACCUACAGGAGGGUAGCUCUCCAGGAACAGGGUUGGAGCGAAAACCUACAGGAGGGUAGCUCUCCAGGAACAGGGUUGGAGCAAAAACCUACAGGAGGGUAGCUCUCCAGGAACAGGGUUGGAGCAAAAACCUACAGGAGGGUAGCUCUCCAGGAACAGGGUUGGAGCAAAAACCUACAGGAGGGUAGCUCUCCAGGAACAGGGUUGGAGCGAAAACCUACAGGAGGGUACCUCUCCAGGAACAGGGUUGGAGCAAAAACCUACAGGAGGGUAGCUCUCCAGGAACAGGGUUGGAGUUAAAACCUACAGGAGGGUAGCUCUCCAGGAACAGGGUUGGAGUUAAAACCUACAGGAGGGUAGCUCUCCAGGAACAGGGUUGGAGCAAAAACCUACAGGAGGGUAGCUCUCCAGGAACAGGGUUGGAGCGAAAACCUACAGGAGGGUACCUCUCCAGGAACAGGGUUGGAGCAAAAACCUACAGGAGGGUACCUCUCCAGGAACAGGGUUGGAGCAAAAACCUACAGGAGGGUAGCUCUCCAGGAACAGGGUUGGAGUUAAAACCUACAGGAGGGUAGCUCUCCAGGAACAGGGUUGGAGUUAAAACCUACAGGAGGGUAGCUCUCCAGGAACAGGGUUGGAGUGAAAACCUACAGGACGGUAGCUCUCCAGGAACAGGGUUAGAGUUAAAACCUACAGGAGGGUAGCUCUCCAGGAACAGGGUUGGAGUGAAAACCUACAGGACGGUAGCUCUCCAGGAACAGGGUUGGAAUGAAAACCUACAGGAGGGUAGCUCUCCAGGAACAGGGUUGGAAUGAAAACAGGAGGGUACUUCUUCUUCCCCUCUGUACUGUGAGAGUACACUUGUGUCUUACAGUACUUCAUGCACAUCUCUUACAAUACAGAGUACACUUGUGUCUUUCAGUACAGAGUACACUUGUGUCUUUCAGUACAGAGUACACUUGUGUCUUACAGGUAGAGAUCUACGAACUGGAGAAGCACAAGAUAGAAGAAUGUAGAGGUGACUAUAACCCCGUAGGGGUGACUAUAACCCCGUAGAGGUGACUAUAACCCCGUAGAGGUGACUAUAACCCCGUAGAGGUGACUAUAACCCCGUAGAGGUGACUAUAACCCCAUAGAGGUGACUAUAACCCCGUAGAGAUGACUAUAACGCCGUAGAGGUGAAUAUAAUCCUGUAGAGGUGACUAUAACCCCAUAGAGGUGACUAUAACCCUGUAGAGGUGACUAUAACCCUGUAGAGGUGACUAUAACCCCGUAGAGUUGACUAUAACCCCGUAGAGUUGACUAUAACCCCGUAGAGGUGACUAUAACCCCGUAGAGGUGACUAUAACCCCGUAGAUGUGACUAUAACCCCGUAGAGGUGACUAUAACCCCGUAGAGGUGACUAUAACCCCGUAGAGGUGACUAUAACCCCGUAGAGGUGACUAUAACCCCGUAGAGGUGACUAUAACCCCGUAGAGGUGACUAUAACCCCGUAGAGGUGACUAUAACCCCGUAGAGGUGACUAUAACUCUGUAGAGGUGACUAUAAGCCCGUAUAGGUGACUAUAACCCCGUAGAGGUGACUAUAACCCCGUAGAGGUGACUAUAACCUUAUAGAGGUGACUAUAACCCCGUAGAGGUGACUAUAACCCCGUAGAGGUGACUAUAACCCUGUAGAGGUGACUAAAACCCCGUAGAGGUGACUAUAACCCCGUAGAGGUGACUAUAACCCUGUAGAGGUAACUAUAACCCCGUAGGGGUGACUAUAACCCCGUAGAGGUAACUAUAACCCCGUAGAGGUGACUAUAACCCAGUAGAGGUGACUAUAACCCCGUAGAGGUGACUAUAACCCGAGGGACUAAACCGUAAGAGGUGACUAUAACCCGUAGAGGUGACUAAACCCGUAGAGGUGACUAUAACCCCGUAGAGGUGACUAUAACCCUGUAGAGGUGACUAUAACCCUGUAGGGGUGACUAUAACCCAGUAGAGGUGACUAUAACCCCGUAGAGGUGACUAUAACCCCGUAGAGGUGACUAUAACCCCGUAGAGGUGACUAUAACCCUGUAGAGGUGACUAUAACCCUGUAGAGGUGACUAUAACCCUGUAGAGGUGACUAUAACACUGUAGAGGUGACUAUAACCCCGUAGAGGUGACUAUAACCCCAUAGAGGUGACUAUAACCCGUAGAGGUGACUAUAACCCUGUAGAGGUGACUAUAACCCCGUAGAGGUGACUAUAACCCCGUAGAGGUGACUAUAACCCCGUAGAGGUGACUAUAACCCCGUAGAGGUGACUAUAACCCCGUAGAGGUGACUAUAACCCCGUAGAGGUGACUAUAACCAGUAGAGGUGACUAUAACCAUUGUAAAGGUGACUAUAACCCCGGAGUGAUAACCUAAGGUGACUAUAACCCCGUAGAGGUGACUAUAACCCCGUAGAGGUGACUAUAACCAUGUAGAGGUGACUAUAACCCCGUAGAGGUGACUAUAACCAUGUAGAGGUGACUAUAACCCUGUAAAGGUGACUAUAACCCUGUAGAGGUGACUAUAACCCCGUAGAGGUGACUAUAACCAUGUAGAGGUGACUAUAACCAUGUAGAGGUGACUAUAACCAUGUAGAGGUGACUAUAACCCCGUAGAGGUGACUAUAACCCCGUAGAGGUGACUAUAACCCCGUAGAGGUGACUAUAACCCCGUAGAGGUGACUAUAACCCCGUAGAGGUGACUAUAACCCCGUAGAGGUGACUAUAACCCCGUAGAGGUGACUAUAACCAUGUAGAGGUGACUAUAACCAUGUAGAGGUGACUAUAACCCUGUAAAGGUGACUAUAACCCCGUAGAGGUGACUAUAACCCCGUAGAGGUGACUAUAACCAUGUAGAGGUGACUAUAACCCCGUAGAGGUGACUAUAACCAUGUAGAGGUGACUAUAACACUGUAAAGGUGACUAUAACCCCGUAGAGGUGACUAUAACCCCGUAGAGGUGACUAUAACCAUGUAGAGGUGACUAUAACCAUGUAGAGGUGACUAUAACCAUGUAGAGGUGACUAUAACCCCGUAGAGGUGACUAUAACCCCGUAGAGGUGACUAUAACCCCGUAGAGGUGACUAUAACCCCGUAGAGGUGACUAUAACCCCGUAGAGGUGACUAUAACCCCGUAGAGGUGACUAUAACCCCGUAGAGUUGACUAUAACCAUGUAGAGGUGACUAUAACCCUGUAAAGGUGACUAUAACCAUGUAGAGGUGACUAUAACCCCGUAGAGGUGACUAUAACCCCGUAGUGGUGACUAUAACCCCGUAGAGGUGACUAUAACCCUGUAGAGGUGACUAUAACCAUGUAGAGGUGACUAUAACCCUGUAAAGGUGACUAUAACCCCGUAGAGGUGACUAUAACCCCGUAGAGGUGACUAUAACCAUGUAGAGGUGACUAUAACCAUGUAGAGGUGACUAUAACCCUGUAAAGGUGACUAUAACCCCGUAGAGGUGACUAUAACCCCGUAGAGGUGACUAUAACCAUGUAGAGGUGACUAUAACCAUGUAGAGGUGACUAUAACCAUGUAGAGGUGACUAUAACCCCGUAGAGGUGACUAUAACCCCGUAGAGGUGACUAUAACCCCGUAGAGGUGACUAUAACCCCGUAGGGGUGACUAUAAACAUGUAGCUACCUAGAAAUAGAUGGCACAAUGGAAUCCCCUUUUUGCUUGGCCGUUUGGGUUUUAGUCUAGGUAUCCGUAAAAAGCACUUUGUAACAAUCGCUGAUGUAAAAAGGGCUUUUAUAAAAUACAUUUGAUUGAUUGAAGUCUUGUUUACGUUCGCUGUGUUUCCUCCUGCUUCGUGCUCCAGAGGAAUUACUGAAGUACUCCAACCAUACUCUGAUCAGUAUCACACCCGACUCCAGGUAAGAAGCAGUGUGCAGCCUUACCUUCUCUGGCCCUUAGUCCCAGAUGUGUUUGUUCUGUGUUGCCAACUGCUACGCCAUUGUCACGACAACCUCUCUUCUCAGACUUGGACACCUGUCUCUUGUCCCUCCAGCCUCUUUGAUGCCAUCUACUCUCUACUGAAGUAUAAGAUCCACCGGCUGCCUGUGAUCGACCCAGAGUCUGGCAACGUCCUGCACAUCCUCACCCACAAACGCAUCCUCAAGUUCCUCCACAUCUUUGUGAGAACCGCUUUCAUAUGAGCCCAUCUGGCAUAUUUUUUUCUGUUGAUAAACAACAUGUAAUGAUUCUGGAAACUUGAUAGCCUGGUCCCGGAUCUGUUUGUGACAUAUAUUUUCCUAUUUCUAUGGCCGUUGUGACAAGGACCGUAGGAGUUGACAAGACAUCUCAAACUGAUCUGGGGACCAGGCUAGAAACUUGGUUCACUUUAAUUUAUGAAGCCAUUCUUCCUCCCAGGGCACCAUGAUCCCGAAGCCUCGGUACCUCCAGAAGAGGAUUGAGGAGGUGGACAUUGGAACGUUUAAACGGAUCGCUACUAUCCAGGAGACAGCCACGGUGUAUGAUGCCCUGGCCAUCUUUGUAGAACGAAGGGUUUCCGCUCUGCCAGUGGUCAAUGAGGAGGGUAUGUGUCUGGUUUCACCUCAGUGAUGAUAACACCUUUAACAUUGACUUCCACUAACUUUUAGGAAAAGUUUGGGGUUUUUUCACCAAAAAAUGUACAAUGCCUAAUUCUAGGGUACAGUAUUCUAUAGAGCCAUUAUUGCAUGGAACUCUGUUCCAUCUCAUAUUGCUCAAAUAAACAGCAAACCUGGUUUCAAAAAACAGAUAAAGCAGCACCUCACGUCACAACGCCUCUCCCCUAUUUGACCUAGAUAGUUUGUGUGUAUGUAUUGAUAUGUUGGCCACGUCUGUCUUUAAAAAAGAAAAUGUAUGUAGUUCUGUCCUUGAGCUGUUCUUGUCUAUUAAUGUUCUGUAUUAUGUCAUGUUUCAUGUUUUGUGUGGAACCCCAGGAAGAGUAGCUGCUGCUUUUGCAACAGCUAAUGGGGAUCCUAAUAAAAUACCGAAUACCAGACCUAGUUUGAACGCUAGGGUUGGCCCUUCAGUUUGAACGCUAGGGUUGGCCCUUCAGUUUGAACGCUAGGGUUGGCCCUUCAGUUUGAACGCUAGGGUUGGCCCUUCAGUUUGAACGCUAGGGUUGGCCCUUCAGUUUGAACGCCAGCCUUAUCUGUAUGUUUUCUGUUUUCAGGGAAGGUCAAGGCUCUGUACUCCAGGUUUGAUGUGAUUGUAAGUGGGACCAUAUCAAUUACUCUGCACUGAGAUGGAAAAAACUGCAUAAAAAUGGUUCACAUUGCAAAUGUCCCAUGGAUUAGACGCAACCAGAUGCCAAGGAGGCUGUGCAAAAUGUCAAGCAUCUUGUAUCUGCUAUUUUUGAAAUGUGCCAUAUGGGGGCGGGGAGUGAUAAGACAGCAAAUAGUAUUGUAAUUAGCAUCAUUACCAUCUGUCUUCCUCCUGUGUUGCCGUAGAACCUGGCAGCUCAGAAGAACUACAACAACCUGAACAUGACAAUGCAGGAGGCGAUUAGCUCCAGGGCCUGCUGUGUGGAGGGAGUGCUGAAGUGUUACCCCCACGAAACUCUGGAGACUAUCAUCGAUCGCAUUGCUAAGGCAGAGGUAAGACUUACUGUAGUGUUUCCCUGCUGGUCUCUGUGUUGUCCUGGUUCGUCCCAAAUGGCACCCUUUUUCCUAUAUAGUGCACUACUAUUGACCAGAGCCCUAUUGACCCUGGUCUAAAGUAGUGCACUAUAUAGGGAACUGGUCUAAAGUAGUGCACUAUAUAGGGAACUGGUCUAAAGUAGUGCACUAUAUAGGGAAUAGUGUGUCAUUUGGUUCACAGCCUCUGUCAUGCCGUGUCUCUCCUCUUCCUCCUCCUCUUCCUCCCAGGUUCAGUCUCUCCUCCUCUUCCUCCCAGGUUCACCGUCUCUCCUCCUCUUCCUCCUCUUCCUCCCAGGUUCACCGUCUCUCCUCCUCUUCCUCCUCUUCCUCCCAGGUUCACCGUCUCGCCUCCUCUUCCUCCCAGGUUCACCGUCUCUCCUCCUCUUCCUCCCAGGUUCACCGUCUCUCCUCCUCUUCCUCAUCCUCUUCCUCCCAGGUUCACCGUCUCUCCUCCUCUUCCUCAUCCUCUUCCUCCCAGGUUCACCGUCUCUCCUCCUCUUCCUCCUCUUCCUCCCAGGUUCACCGUCUCUCCUCCUCUUCCUCAUCCUCUUCCUCCCAGGUUCACCGUCUCGCCCCCUCUUCCUCAUCCUCUUCCUCCCAGGUUCACCGUCUCUCCUCCUCUUCCUCAUCCUCUUCCUCCCAGGUUCACCGUCUCGCCUCCUCUUCCUCCUCUUCCUCCCAGGUUCACCGUCUCUCCUCCUCUUCCUCCUCUUCCUCCCAGGUUCACCGUCUCUCAUCCUCUUCCUCCUCUUCCUCCCAGGUUCACCGUCUCGCCUCCUCUUCCUCCCAGGUUCACCGUCUCUCCUCCUCUUCCUCAUCCUCUUCCUCCCAGGUUCACCGUCUCGCCCCCUCUUCCUCAUCCUCUUCCUCCCAGGUUCACCGUCUCUCCUCCUCUUCCUCAUCCUCUUCCUCCCAGGUUCACCGUCUCGCCUCCUCUUCCUCCUCUUCCUCCCAGGUUCACCGUCUCUCCUCCUCUUCCUCCUCUUCCUCCCAGGUUCACCGUCUCUCCUCCUCUUCCUCCUCUUCCUCCCAGGUUCACCGUCUCGCCUCCUCUUCCUCCUCUUCCUCCCAGGUUCACCGUCUCUCCUCCUCUUUCUCCUCUUCCUCCCAGGUUCACCGUCUAGUGCUGGUGGAUAAAGAUGACGUGGUGGGAGGGAUCGUCUCGCUCUCUGACCUCCUCCAGGCCCUGGUCUUGACCCCGGCAGGUAUUGAUGCCCUUUUCUCUUAGCACCUGACUGUGGGGGUGUGAAUCCAUCGAUCACCACCCACCACCUCCCAGCCCCUCCCCAGCCCCAACCCCAGGUAAGCCCACGCGUGGGCUGUCGGUCGCCCUCUAAUCCUGCCCUGCCCUCUAGUCCUGCCAUGCUCUGCCCUGUCCUGCCCUGUCCUGCCUUGCCCUGCCCUGUCCUGUCCUGUCCUGCCGGUUGCUGCCUGAUGGAGGUGCUGCCAUACAUAGCUCUCUGUAGCUUCUGCCUCUCCUCUCCUCUCCUCUCCUCUCCUCUCCUCUCCUCUCCUCUCCUCUCCUCUCCUCUCCUCUCCUCUCCUCUCCUCUCCUCUCCUCUCCUCUCCUCUCCUCUCCUCUCCUCUCCUCUCCUCUCCUCUCCUCUCCCCCCUAUCUCUGGAUGACUACAUCCCAAUUGGCACCCUGUUCCCUAUGUAGUGCACUACUUUUGACAAGAUAUGGGCUCUGGUCAAAAGUAGUGCACUAUAUAGGGAAUAGGGUGCCAAUUUGCAGCCUCUGUGUGAGAGGGAGCUGUAGUCAGUCACUUCUGUUUGACAUGUGACUGCAGUAGACCAAUCUGCCUGGCCCAUUUCUUCUUGUCUUGAUGAUCAAAACAGCAUCUUUGUCUUUGAUGGAAUGAAUGCGUCUGAGCUGCCAUGAGACAUAUUGUUAGCAUGUUAAUGAAUGAUUUGAGCCAGUCCAGUGCUCAUUCCCAACCAAAAGUCAAACUACAUAACGUAAAACGUUUACACAACACACCUUCCUAUUGGGGAGGAAAACAGACAUUACUUGUCUCUGUCAAAAAUAAUGAUUUGUUGAUUUUGCUUCUAUUUUACAGAGAUUUCGCAAAGAGCAAACUGAAGAAAAAUUGGGAGACUUAUAAUGAAUGAAGAAAGAAACUGUAAAUAUUUUUGAUCAUGCUCGGUAACUUUAAAAAAUGCUAUUUAAAAAGGUUUAUUAUAUUCUGCAGGAUAACACCAAUGCGUUCGUAUUUUUAUAUUCAUACUUGUAUUUGUGUCUUUGUUUGUUUAUUUAUACAUUGUUUUGAUAAUGUACAUUUUCUCAAAUCUCUCCUAUUUAGUGAUUAUUUAAAGAUACACAAUAUUUAUGUUUCCUCCAAAUACAUGUUCCUCUUCUCCAUAAAUAUUAUGUCUCAUUAAGUUAUGUUUCUCCUCUUCUCCAUAUAUAUUAUGUCUCUUUAAAUAAUGUUCCUCUACUCCAUAAAUAUUGUCUCUUUAAAUAAUGUUCCUCUACUCCAUAAAUAUUGUCUCUUUAAAUAAUGUUCCUCCUCUAAUCCAUAAUUAUUAUGUCUCUUUAAAAAAUGUUAUUCUACUCCAUAAAUAUUGUCUCUUUAAAUAAUGUUUCUCCUCUUCUCCAUAUAUAUUAUGUCUCUUUAAAUGUGGUCCUUUGUAGCUCAGCUGGUAGAGCACGGUGCUUGUAACGCCAAGGUAGUGGGUUCGAUCCUCGGGACCACCCAUACACAAAAAAAUGUAUGCACGCAUGACUGUAAGUCGCUUUGGAUAAAAGCGUCUGCUAAAUGGCUUAUUAUUAUUAUUAUUAUAAAUAAUGUUCCACUCUUCUCCAUAAAUAUUAUGUCUCUUUAAAUAAUGUUCCUCUACUCCAUAAAUAUUGUCUCUUUAAAUAAUGUUCCUCUACUCCAUAAAUAUUGUCUCUUUAAAUAAUGUUCCUCUACUCCAUAAAUAUCAUGUCUCUUUAAAUAAUAUAGC